UGCCUCCCAGGGAGCAUUAGUUCGCUCUUGUCCUAUCUGUGCAGCCAUCCCUUGCCAAUUCCAGUACUUGCCCUCUCUUGGGGUCCCAGUGGUCUUUGAACAGGGUGGGUCCGUGGCAUCUUUUCUCCUCUGUCGCCUCACUCAGCCUCCAGUGGUCAUCACAGUCACCAUCUUCCUAAUUUUUCCCAGGCACCUGGCACCCAGAAACUUACUUUAAGUUGACAGACUGGGCACACAGCCUGUGCCGAGAUCUCCUAUGCCAGCCAAGGGCCUGCUUAGUCCCACCACAGUAUGUGGUCAGACACUGUCCCUCCUCACUCGUCUACGCCUCCCUGGCUCCCAAUGUGUCUCUUGUGCAUUUCUCAGGCAGCAGAGGCCAAAGACAACAAGAGAUCUCUCUCAGACUCCCACACGGGGUUUGAAUCAAGACACCAUGGAGGGGCAUGAGAGAAGCCUAAGUCUGAGGACCAAGCAAACAAUGCUCGGCCUCUCUCGGGUCCCUUACACCCCAACGUCAUCUACAGAGGAGGUGGGCUGCCCUUGGGGCUCUGGUGAGGGAUUCACGUGUGCCCUGUAUCCUCUGCCACAUUUAAUGGUAGAUUGGCUGUCAUCCAUAAGGCGUUCUGGGGAGAUUGCCUCGUGUUAGUCUGGGGCCUCAGGCCCUGGGCCAGGCUGGAGGAAGGCAGAGAGGCCAUGAGUGGAGCCUGGGGGGCCAAAUUGAUGCCCACAUGCUUCCCAGGCUUGGAUGACUUAAGUCAAGGUGAGGCCUCUCUCCAAUCAGGAUCCAGGGAUAUGACCCCCAUAAGCCUAAGACAAAGCUGUGGCAGAUAAAUGAGAGAAGGGUGGGCAGAGAGGGUCAGGGCAGAGACUAGGAGACCAGCUGUCAGAAGAAGGGACCUGGUAUUUCUGGAUCUCUGAGAUAGAGGGAAACUCAAAAGUUACUUCCCUGCUGCUUCCUGUCAUGUUUCCAUAAAACCUUCCCCACUGGACUAGGGUUCCAGGAGCUAGUAAGCACUCGGCCUGUUACCCAAGGGUGGUGGAGGGGAGCAGAGAGUCCCCAAAGAGGAGGCUCCAGGGGGUGUACGCCAGACUCUCCUGUGUCUGCACACUACCCGGCCACGCUGAGACAGGUAGCUCAAUCCCUCUCCUGUACGGAGGCUCAGGGAAAUUCAUGGUACCCAUCAUCUGAGCCACUUUCCAAAAAGGGCCAUGUCAUCCUCUAUUCCAGGAACAAAGACGGCAUGGCUGUGGCCACAGCUCCAAAGCAAGCCUGGCCCCCAUGGCCCCCCGUCUUUUUCCUACUCCUCCUGCCGGCAUUGGGGAGCAGCGGCAACUGCCCUGCUGUGUGUGACUGCACCUCCCAACCCCAGGCAGUGCUUUGUGCCCACCGGCGAUUGGAGGCUGUCCCGGGGGGACUCCCACUAGACACCGAGCUCCUGGACCUGAGUGGGAACCGCCUGUGGGGGCUUCAGCAGGGAAUGCUCUCCCGCCUGGGCCAGCUCCGGGAACUGGACCUGAGCUACAACCAGCUGUCCACCCUGGAGCCAGGGGCCUUCCACGGCCUGCACAGCCUGCUCACCCUGAGGCUGCAGGGCAACCGGCUGCGAAUCAUGGGGCCCGGGGUCUUCGCGGGCCUGUCUGCCCUCACACUGCUGGACCUUCGCCUCAACCAGAUCGUCCUCUUCCUUGACGGCGCUUUCAGGGAGCUAGGCAGCCUCCAGCAGCUGGAGGUUGGGGACAACCACCUGGUGUUUGUGGCUCCGGGAGCCUUUGCCGGGCUGGCCAAACUGAGCACCCUCACCCUGGAGCGCUGCAACCUCAGCACCGUGCCUGGCCCGGCCCUGGCCCGCCUCCCAGCACUGGGGGCCCUGAGGCUCCGAGAACUGGACAUCGGGAGGCUGCCGGCAGGGGGGCUACGGGGGCUGGGGCAGCUAAGGGAGCUGGAGAUCCACCACUGGCCAGCUCUGGAGGCUCUGGAGCCAGGGAGCCUGGGCGGGCUCAAUCUCAGCAGCCUGGCCAUCACCCACUGCAACCUGAGCUCGGUGCCCUUCCAAGCACUGCACCACCUGAGCUUCCUCAGGGCCUUGGAUCUUUCUCGGAACCCCAUCUCGGCCAUCCCAGCCCGCAGGCUCAGUUCCCUGGUGCGGCUCCAGGAGCUCCGACUGUCGGGUGCCUGCCUCACCUCCAUCGCGGCCCACGCCUUCCAUGGCUUGACGGCCUUCCACCUCCUAGAUGUGGCAGACAACGCCCUUCAGACACUGGAGGAAACAGCCUUCCCUUCUCCAGACAAAUUGGUUACCCUGAGGCUGUCAGGUAACCCCCUGACCUGCGACUGCCGCCUCCUCUGGCUGCUCCGGCUCCGCCGCCGCCUGGACUUUGGCUCUACCCCACCUGCCUGUGCUGGCCCCCAGCACGUCCAGGGGAAGAGCCUGAGGGAGUUUUCAGACAUCCUACCUCCAGGGCACUUCACCUGCCGACCAGCCCUGAUCCGAAAAUCCGGGCCGCGCUGGGUCAUGGCCGAGGAAGGGGGGCAUGCCGUUUUCUCCUGCUCUGGAGAUGGGGACCCAGCCCCCACUGUCUCCUGGAUGAGGCCUCAGGGGGUUCGGCUGGGGAGGGCUGGGAGAGUGAGGGUCCUUCAGGAUGGGACGCUGGAGAUCCGCUCUGUGCAACUCCGGGAUAGAGGGGCCUAUGUCUGUGUGGUCAGCAACGUGGCGGGGAAUGACUCCCUGAGGACCUGGUUGGAAGUGAUCCAAGUUGAACCACCGAAUGGCACUCUCUCUGACCCCAACAGCACCUCCCCAGGGAUCCCAGGGCCUUUCUUCUUGGACAGCAGAGGUAUAGCUAUGGUGCUGGCGGUUGGCUUCCUCCCCUUCCUUACCUCGGUGACCCUCUGUUUUGGCCUCAUCGCCCUCUGGAGCAAAGGCAAAGGCCGGGUCAAACAUCACGUGACCUUCGACUUUGUGGCACCUCGGACCUCUGGGGAUAAGAACUCUGGGGGUAACCGGGUCACUGCCAAGCUCUUCUGACCUGUCCUUCCACAGUGGGGCCUCAUCUAGGCCAGCUUCAGAUACCACAGUGGGAGAGAACCAAAGCUGCUUGGACUGGACAUUCAUCCCAAACAUCCCAGAUCUUCCCCACCUUCUGCCCACACCACGCCAGCAGCAGAUGCCGCCUUCUCAUAGCCUGCCUCCUCAGGCUUUGGCAGUUUAAGGAUAGCAUUGUCAACUCUUCCCUGAGAGUCCCAGGAAACGGAAGAUGUAGAUCCGUUUCCAGCCCAGCCCUCCCCGCACACCACAUACAAAGCAGGAACUAUAACCCUCCAGUCUGCUAGUCUAAACUCCAGACUUCCUUCACACACACUUACACAUACCCUGAAUCAGUUCAGUUCAGUUCAGUCGCUCAGUCGUGUCCAACUCUUCACAACCCCGUGAAUCGCAGCACGCCAGGCCUCCCUGUCCAUCACCAA